AUGUCCUCUACUCAUCAAGUCUCUCCACACAAAUCUAAUGACCCAUCCAGCCUCCAAAGGGCCACCACACCUGAGCUCCAGAUUACCAGCAAUGAUGAGGAAGCCAACAUUCAGGCUAAGAUGGCCAAGUGCAAGCAGCACAAGGCUGUGAGGGAAGAGGCUGCCCAGCUGGAGGCAGAGAGGCUUGAGAGGGAGCAACUAGAGGCAGAGCAGCAUGAAAGGGAGUGGGUGGAGGCUGAAAAGUGGGAGCAGGAAUGGUUGGAGGCUGAGAGGAAAGAGCAGGAGCAGUUGGAGGCCAAACACUGGGAACAGGAGGCCCAGGUGCAACUGAAAACAGGGGAGCUGAAAGGUGAGGCAUGGGAGAAGGGUACUGGGUCAUGUAAACAGUGCAAAAAGGGUCAGGUGCCAUGCACCUUUAGUCACAUGCAACAGAGUAAGUGCAAGAAGAGGACAUGCAACCAGUGCACUGAGAUGAAGGUCAGGUGCAAGCUGCCUGAGGGGGUAGAGCCUGAGGCCAAGGAGGCUGGGGUGAAGUCUGGGUCUGGGAAGAAGCAAGCACCAGAGGAUGCUACAUUGCUGAGGGCUGGGGAGAAGAGAAAGGUCACUCAAACUGUGUCUGGGGUGCCUGCAGUGGUAGUCAAGGGGUUCAAACUGAUUGUGGCAGCCAUGGACCAGCAGACAGUGGAGAUGCAAGCCAGGAGAGAGACCCAGCACUGGUUCAACAGCUGGUUGGGUGACCUGUUGGAUUGCAAGGGAGUGGGGAUGGAGUUGGACAAGGGGAUCAUGCACUGGCCCAAAGACAUGUGCAUGAAGGGGUGGUGGUCCAGUUUGGAGAGUGGGGAAGAGCAAGAGCUCUGGAUGAGCAAGGGGGAAGUGUUCAAGGGGGACUCCAAGUGA